AUGUCUAUUCCCAAGGCGGAGAUUGUUCAAGGCUGCAAGACAUUCAUUCCUCUGGAGAACAAUCCAGAGGUCCUGUCGCAUCUAUGUCAAAAUCUAGGUAUAGCUCCUGGACUCGCCUUUCAUGAUGUUUUCUCUACAUCGCCUGAUGCUCUAUCGUGGAUUCCUCGCCCCAUUCACGCACUGAUCCUCCUCGCGGACCAGCCCAUAUACAAUGCAGCCCGGUCUGCGAUGGUACCUACGGUCCCGGAAUAUAAGGGGUCAGGUCCAGACGAGCCCAUCAUUUGGAUCAAACAGACGAUUGGACAUGCCUGUGGUCUGAUGGCGUUACUGCACUGCGUCUUCAAUCUAGAUGGGGGACGAUAUGUCAGUCGAGAUUCGACAUUAGGGAUCCUCUUGAAGCAUGCCAUCGAACUUGAACCGACAGGACGAGCACGGCUGUUGUACGACUCUGAAUUUCUGGAAGAAGCACACAUGGAGGCUGCAUCCAAGGGUUCUUCGGCUGCCCCUUCACCCCACGAUGAGAAUCAUCACCACUUCAUUGGCUUUGUCCAGGAGAGCGGCCAGGUAUGGGAGCUCAAUGGAGGCAUGAAGGGGCCUUUAUUGCGGGGCACACUUGAUGGGGAAGAUCUGCUGAGCGAGCAGGGGCUAGCAUUGACCGUGAGGGACUUCCUAGAUGCAGCAGCGAAAGGAGGGUAUGGUGAGAUGAGUAUCGUGGCAAUAGCUGGGAUGGAGUCUUAG